AUUAUAAACUCAUUUUUCAUUUUGUUUCGCGCAAUAUACCCCGUCUAUAUCGAGUAUAUUUGCUGUGUACACGCUAUAUGUGUGAAACCGUGAUGAAUGGAGCUGAAGUGAGACUAUAAAGAGGCGGUGGAGUUGGUGUUUUAGCGCCAAGUUAAAUCGCCUCCUCCCUGACGUUGAUGCUUCAGGUCAUCUGUUCCCUGCAAGGCGCCAGCUCGGAGCAACCAGCAGCCCGGCCUGCUCACUCUCUGUCUCACACACAGCACCUUCAGCCUCAACCACAGGCGGGGAACCUACACAAUACUCAUAUUUAAUCUGUAAACGAGGAGAAGAGUGAACUUCAAGGAGAUAAUCUUGAGGUUUACUCCGAAACUGACACCACCCCUCUGAGUAUAAUGCUAGGAAGACGGGAAGAGACAGAACCGAAAUCUGUUGCUCCCGAGGCGCCCAAGGAAAAUACAGUACGACCGAGAAAGAGGAAGGCAGAUGUUGCCAUUUAUUUACAAGAUCUGGAUGAGGAGGUAGCAGAGAUGACGAAGAAGAAGCAGCGUGACUGUGAGCUGGACUGGAGGCCUGAUGCUGUUUACACCAGUCCACACAGGUGGAUCCCCACACCUGAUCAGGAAGAGGACCAACCAGUUACCCUGAUAAAUGCAGGCUUCCCCCACUAUAACUUUAACAACAUAUUUACGACCCCCGUGCACUGCGCCCCGCUCCCUGCCCUGUGCUGGGCCAGUAAGGAUGUGGUGUGGAAUAACAUGUUGGAGAAGGAUAAGACUUACACCAGAGACGUCAACAUGAUGGAGAAGCAUCCUCAUCUUCAGCCUAAGAUGAGGGCGAUUCUCCUGGACUGGCUCAUGGAGGUGAGUGAGGUGUACAAACUGCACAGGGAGACGUACCACCUGGCUCAGGACUACUUUGAUCGCUUCAUGGCCACGCAAAGAAACGUCUUCAAAUCCACGCUGCAGCUCAUUGGCAUCACUUGUCUCUUCAUUGCUGCCAAAGUAGAGGAAAUGUAUCCUCCUAAAGUCCACCAGUUUGCCUAUGUCACAGAUGAAGCCUGCACUGAAGACGAGAUUCUCAGUAUGGAAAUCAUUAUUAUGAAGGAGCUGAAGUGGAGUCUCAGCCCACAGACUCCCAUCUCCUGGCUCAAUGUUUACAUGCAGGUGGCCUACCUGAAAGAGACGGACGAGCUGCUCAUCCCCAGAUAUCCACAAGCUACUUUCACACAGAUCGCAGAGUUGUUGGACCUGUGUAUGCUGGACAUGCAUUGCCUUGAGUUCUCCAACGGCGUCCUUGCUGCUUCAGCUCUGUUUCACUUCUCCUCCCUGGAGCUGGUGGAAAACGUUUCAGCCCUGAAGAGGGUGGAGGUAGAGGAGUGUGUGAGGUGGAUGGUGCCGUUCGCGAUGGCGCUGCGGGAGGUCGGCGGGUCACCCAUGAAAACGUUUACAGGAGUCCCUGCUGAUGACAUGCACAACAUCCAGCCCCAUGCCUCCUACCUCACAUGGCUUGACAAGGCCUCCUCUUACCAGGAUGUGGAGUUGGAGCGUCAUGGCAACUGUCCUGUCCCUUCAGGCGUCCUGACCCCACCCCUGAGCAGUGAGAAAACGGAAGAGUUGCUCCGAGAGGAUGCGGCGGUGCCAAAAAUCAGACCGAGGAUGCGCACUCCAUCCCCACAGCGCCACCUUCCUGAGUAGCCAAAUAAAUCUGAACGGAUCUUUAUAUAUUACAGCUGUAAGGGGAAGAAAGGAAGCUCAGGUGUGGUGACUCUGAACGGUGUCACCUCUGUGCUGUACCACAUAUGUACGAUGGAUUUUUCAAACAUUAAUGGACUUGUAUUAAGGUCAUUCUUAUAACUUGGAUCCAGAUGCUUUUAAAUGUCUGUGUAGUGGUUGCACACACUGAUUUUGGCUAAAUUGGGAAACACUGACACAUAAGCUUGGAUGGCCCCCCCACCCAGGAAUCGUACCUACAUUUAACCCCCCAGUUUGGAUGAAAACACAAAGCAAAGGGUGCUUUGAGAUGGGACCACCCAAGAGGAGUGUUUUUUUGUUGUUGUUGUUUUUUUAGCAUUGCACCCAAAUGCUUGCAUUAAUUACCAACCACACCUACAUUUAGUGGUUGACUUUUUUUUUUUUUUUUAUUUCCUAUGCAGAGGCCAAAUUGAAAGGACAUUUUAUAGAGUCUCUACUUGAUCUUGCGCGUGUGUGUGUGUGUGUUUUAAUUGUGAUUGGUGUUUUUUUUUUUUGUUUUUUUUUUUUGUUUUUUUUUUUUUUUAAAUCUAUCGAUGGCCUCAUUUGCCCAAAAACUAUUCCUAGGGUCAUAUUUGGCUCUAUGUGCUGCUAUAAAAGUGGGCUUUGCAUAAUAGAGGGGUGUGUGUGUGUGUGGUUGUGUAUGUGCGUGAGUAUGAAAUGGUGUGCUUGUGUUUGUGGUUCGACUCUUGCCAUUUUCUUGGACAAAACAUGGCCAUGUUUUGCUUUGGGACCAGUAGCUUGGCUACCUGAAUGGACAAGUGAACCAGCCAGGCUUCAGAAGCUAAAAUAUUGAUUGUAUUUAACUUCUAUUUUUAUCUCAACUUGCAGUUUUGUUUUUUUUCCACCACCAAAAUGUAAGAUUUCUAUCUGACUUUUUAAAUAAAAUGCUGCUACAUAUUUUCCAUUAAAGAUUAUUUCUGAA